AUGGUAAACGUAGUCGACGGAAUAUACCGCAUGUUUGAAAUGAUUGCUGAACACUCCGGCACUCCCAGAAGGAGAUGGAGCAUUGAUGUACCUCCUUUUUAUGCGCUAUCUCUGAGGAUUCUUCUUCUGGGUAAAAGCGUGUCAGAAAACAGCCGUGUGGGAAACUUGAUCUUGGGUCGAUCAGCGUUUGACAGUGAAGCUCCUCCAGAUGUUGUGGAGAGAGUCGGAGGAAGACUGAUAGACAGACACGUGACGCUCAUCAACAGUCCUCAGCUGCUCCACACACACCUCUCAGAUGAUCAGAUCACACAGCCGGUCAGAGAGUGUGUGAGUCUGUCUGAUCCAGGACCUCAUGUCUUCUUGAUUAUACUGCAGUUCAAAGACUUCACCAGUGAGGACAGAUACAGAGUGAAAAGUGUCCUGAAGGAGUUCAGUGAAGAGGCCAUCAAACACACCAUAGUGCUCACGACUGAUGAAAAAUCAUAUGGAUCAAUGAUUACUACUUUGGUCAAGAAUAAUGCAGUGAAUUUGUUGAUAAAGGAGUGUGGAGGAGGACAUCUGCAGCUGGAUGAAAGAAAACCAGAAUGGCAUUCUGACCUACCGAAGAGGUUUGAGAAGAUUCUGAAGGGAAAUAAGCAACACUAUCUCACUUGUAAGAGGUAUAAAGAUGUUAAAGGAACAUCAUUUGAUGAAGAGGAGACCAGAUCUGAGGAAGAAAAGGACCAGAGUGACAACAAUUAUGGAGAUCUUAAAGAGAAAUUCAAUGAAGAGUCGGCAGAUGCAUCUGGACAACAGAAGCUAAAUCUGGUUCUGUGUGGAAGUAAUGCAACACAUAAAGUCUCAGUGUCAAAGCUUCUCAGUCAUUUCAGUCAGACAGAAAGCAGUGGAGUGAGUGUGAAGAAACAGAAGAUUCAUGGUCGUCAGAUCAGUCUUGUGAAUCUUCCAGCUCUCGGUCAGCUCUCAAAGGAGGAAGUGAUGCGUCAGACUCUCCGCUCUGUGUCUCUCUGUGAUCCUGGAGUUCAUGCUUUCCUCCUCAUUAUUCCUGUUGGACCACUGACGGUUGAAGAUAAAGCUGAAAUAGAGAAGAUCCUGAAGAUAUUUGACUCUAGAGAUCACUUCAUUCUGCUCUUCACAACAGAGCUCACUGAUGAUGGAUUUGCAGCAGAUUUUGUCAACAUUUAUUCAGAUUGUCAGAAGUUGAUCAGUCGAUGUGGAAGUCAGUACAGAAUGAUUGGGUUAAAGAAACCUGAAGACUCUAGACAGAUCCCAGAACUGCUGGAGUAUAUAGAGAAGAAGAAGACUGAACAGUAUUCACCUGAGAUGUUUGUGAAAGCCCAAGAGAACAGAAUCAGGCGAGAGUUGGAGGAACAAUAUAAGAAAGAAAUGAGUGAAAUGAAGAGUAAAAUCAAAGAGUUGGAGGACAAGAUUCAGUCAGAGAUCGCUGAAUGUUUAGAAGAUCUGCAGUCUUUGAGGAUUGUGCUGAUUGGGAGAACAGGAAGUGGAAAGAGCGCAACCGGAAAUACUAUUCUGGGAAGAAAAGAGUUUGUGAGUAAAGCAAAAUCAGAUUCAGUGACGACUGUCUGUGAGAAAGGAGUUGGAGAAGUUGAUGGUCGAUCCGUAGCUGUUGUUGAUACUCCAGGGCUCUUCGACACGGCACUAACAAAUGAUCAAGUGGUGGAAGAAAUAGUGAAGUGUGUUUCUCUGUCAGCUCCUGGACCUCAUGUGUUUGUCAUUGUGUUGAGUUUGGGAAGAAUAACUAAAGAGGAGACAGAAACUAUAGAUCUGAUUAAGAGGAUAUUUGGUCUAAAAUCUGCUCAGUUCAGCAUUGUACUGUUCACCAGAGGAGAUGAUCUUGAAGAUCAAUCUAUAGAGGAUUAUGUGAGGGAAAGUAACUCUGCAGAACUGCAGAAACUGAUCAGAGAUUGUGGAAACAGAUUCCUGGCUUUCAAUAACAGAGAAAAGCAAGACAAAGCUCAAGUCAUUAAGCUGUUAAAGAUGAUAGAAGAGGUGAAGAGUAAUAAUCAGAGUGGAUACUUCACAAACAGCAUGUUUGAGGAGGCAGAGAUGUCCAUUAAGAAGAAGAUGGAGGAAAUCAUGAAAGAGAGAGAAAGAGAGAUUCAGAAACAGAAAGAGGAGUUACAAGACAAAUAUGAGAUGGAGAUGGAGAACAUGAUGAAGAGACUGGAGGAAGAGAAACAAAGAGCAGAAGAAGAGAGAAGGAAAAUGGAGAAUCAACUGAAGCUGAAAGUGGAAAAACUCAUGAAAGAGUUUGAAGAGAAGGAGAAAACAGAUCAGAAGAAAAGAGAGACUGAAAACCAGAAACGAUUAGAAGAGGAAAAACAGCAGAGAGCUGAAUAUGAUCAGAGAAUAGAAGAAAUGAUGAGAGAGAUUGACGAUCAGAGAUCACAGUAUGAACAACAGCAGAAAGAAAGAGAAGAAGAAGACAGAAAGAGAGAAGAGAAAUACAGACAAGACCAAGAAAAGAUGAGAAACGAUAAUGAAAUAGCAAUGGCAGAAUUAAAGAAGAAUCAGGAUGAAGAAAUAAAAAUGAGGGAUUUAGAGGAAAGAAAGAGGAUUAAACAAGAAGAGAAAGAAAGAAAAGAAUGGGAAAGAAGAAUAAAAGAGGCUGACAAUGAAAGAAAAGAGACUCAAGAGCAAAUUAAACAACGGCAGAGAGAAUGGGAGGAUGAGAAGAAACGAAGGUUGAGAGAACGAAAGAAAGAAGAAAAAAUAAGAAAAGAGAAACACGAGGAACAACUGAGAGAAAAACAAGAAGAGCUGGAGAAAAUGAGGAAGAGAUUUGAAAGAGAAAGAGAAGAAGAGCGACAGAAGAUGAAACAGGAGAGGCAGAAACACAGAAGAGAAAGAGAAGACAAGGAGAGAGAAUAUGAGGAAAAGAGACAGGAGACAAUGAGACAUUAUGAGGAGCUGGAGAGAGAGAGGAAAGAGGAGUGGGAAAGAAGAAAACAAGAAGAUGAAGAGAGACGAGAAGAAGAGAGAAAGAGAUGGGAGAACAUGAAAGAAGAUCUGAAACGAGAGCAAGAAGAGGAGAUCAGGAGAAGAGAAACAGAAGAGAAAGAGAGACAAAAGAGAGAAGAGGAAGAGAGAGAUGAAAUGAAACAGAAACAUGAAGAGGAAAUAAAACAAAUAAAGAAGAAACAUGAAGAGGAAGCCAGAAAACAAGCAGAAGAGCUGAAUGAUUCCAACGAGGGAAAAGAGCAGCUCCAACAGAAGCUGAAUGAUCAUCAGAAAGAAAAUGAACUGUUGAAAACUCUCCAUCAACAGCUGAGCGAACAGAAAGAAAAGGAAAUCAAAGAGUUGGAGAAAGAAGUGAAAAAGUUUGUUCAAAGCAUGCAAUUCCAGAAAGAAAAAGAAAUAAAUGAGUUUAAAAAACAAGCUGAAGCGCUCAAUGACCUCCUGAAAGACCAGAAAGGAGAGAAAAUAGAAGCUCUGCAAAAAGAAGUCAAAAUGUUCAGUGAAGACCUGCAAAACCAAAAAGGAGACAAAAUUAAAAAAAUACGAGAUGAAGCUGAUAAACUCUGUCAAAGCCUGAUAAAGAAGAAAGAGGAGCAUUUAAAGAAUCUCCAAGAAGAAGCUGACAAGAAAAAAUGUGUCUUAAUGUGAUUUGGUUGUUUACCGUUUAUUUCCUUCACUUUCGUCAAUUGCUGAAGUUUGCUCCUCCACUGUCGCCACUGGCUUGCAUGGUUCGGGAUCUGUAGAGCAUCGAUGGACUACUCCAGUGAAUAUUAAACCACACUGUAAAAGUGCUAUAGAAAUAACGAUGAAUUUAGUGAAAUACUGUUUGAUUAGGAUUGUGUUGUACUCUUAAAAAAAGCAAAACUCACUUUUUUCCCUAACAGUAGAUACCAAACAGAUUCUAAAGACGCUAUUAAUAGAUUUUUGCUAACAUUUUAUUUCUGAUUAAAUAAAAUAUAGUAUGGUGGUUGAUUUAUUUUAUUUAUUUAUUUUUUUAGACAAGAUAUUGAUCCAUUUAACUCGUGCAUGUUGUUCUUUGACAUUAAAGGGCACCUAGGUUACCCCUUUUUCCAGAUUUAAUAUAAGUCUUUUGUGUCUCCAGAAUGUGCCUGUAAAGUUUCAGCUCAAAACACCCAUCAGAUAUUUAUAAGACUAUUCUGAAAUUUGCCAUUGUUAGCUUUGAACAUCUGUUAGCUGUUUUUGUAAACUGUGUUUUUAAUGCUGGUUCUCCCCAGAACAGUAGAUCUCACAUAACGUCUCUGAGAAAUACUACAGUAAGAACUUUCCUAGUGAUUAUUUGAUGCAUUUGUUGUGGAGUUGCAAUGAUAAGUCACACACAAUGUCAUUACAAAGUUCACGCACACACACACAGAGGACACACACACAGAAAAUGCCCACGUUUAGCUUUGCACUGUUUUGCACUGCAAAUGUGACCGGAUACCGGUUAAU